ACAACCCGGAAGGAAGGCCAUUACGCCUGGUUAUCAGGGCUCGCGCAGACCGUGCAGCGUUGUUUUCCAACCUUUCCCUGCUAAACAUGUCCGCAGACAUGCCAGCUGCACUCGACAGCCUAAACAUGGAGUCCCAGCUUCACUCCAUCAUGAACGUGUUGGUGAAAGCUGCCGUGGCGGAGAUUGUUCAGCUCUUCUUGGAGAGUUCCGAGUCUCUGCGGCUGCAUCUGAGCCAGAGUCUGAGGGAGAACGAAAACCUGAGGUCGAGGAUGAAGAUGAUGAGGAGUGAGCUGUUCUCCCUGAAGCUCCAAACCCGGACGAACCAACCGACCAGCCGCUUCUCUGCCCUCAGAGCGAAUAUAAGCAAACCCCGGCCAAAACCGCAGGUAUUUCUGAAGCCAACAGAGGCUAAAAAAGCCUCGGCUGCUGAAGCUGCUUCCACCUCUUCUCAAAGUCAGACCACGGGUUCCUCCUCCACUGUUAAAGAGCAGUGUGCAGAUGUGGACAGUCCAGAUGUAAUUCUGAUUAAAGAUGAGGACGACAUUAUUGGAUCUGGGCCAGCCGUUGCUCAGCAUAGCUUUGGAGAUGAUUGCAUGCAGGAGGCAGGGAAUCAGAGUUUGGACUCAUCUGGCUCCUCCUGUUUGAUCGGUGAUAACAAUGAACUGAAAAUCGUAAGUGUUCACAGUGGCGGAGGAGCACCACUGCAGGAGGACAGUGAUAUCCUUUUUUCUUCCUCUGAGCUUCAGGCUUUAAGCUCUCUGUCUGACCAGAGCAUCCCUGUGGAGAAUUAUCUGAAUUUCACCGGAGGCACAAAUGGCCAGGAAACUAUAGGAGCAAUGCAGGAUAACAGUGCUGCAGUGGCAAGGAACCUCCAACUAGAAAGGGAUCCUUCCACACACAGGGGCUCAACAGGAGCCAGCCAAGCAUUAAAGCCCGCUGCAGCCGGGGCGAAUGGACAGCCCAGCCACAUCACCCAGUUAUCCCAACAGCAGGAUUUGCUCCCCAACCCCAUCAUCAAACCCCUGGACUGCACCUUCUGCGGUGAGCAAUUUCACAGCCGGGAGGAGCUCAUCUUGCACCGUGCCAGCCACACCGGCGAGUCACCAUUGCCUUGCUCCUUGUGCAGCAAGACCUUUGCAAACAAAGCCACACUGGCCAUCCACAUGCGAAUUCACACGGGGGAGAAGCCGUACGCCUGCACGCAGUGUGGAAAACGCUUCACUCAAAACGGCAGCCUGAAGAUCCAUCUGAGGACCCAUUCUGGAGAGAAACCAUACUUGUGUAAUCAGUGCAACGCCAGCUUCAACAACCCCAGCAACCUGCGCAGGCACAUGAUCACGCACAAUACGAAUGUAGGGUUUUGAUCAUGGGUUAGCACAGAUAUCACCACUUUUAAUGUUCUGCUGUUGCUUCUUCCUGAAAUGCACAUUUUUUUAUUUUAUCAGGAAGCACACAGUUGUAUUGUGCCAGCAUGUGCUAUUAGAUGGUUGCAGUACGUACAAAUUGGUCACUAAAAUGAAGAGAAACAAUAAAAUAUGACUGAGGACACUUCUAUGGAAUGAAAUUUACUCCAAUAUUAUUCUGGCCAAAAAAACAACAGAUUUUUGAGAAACUUCAUGAUUUAACAAAAAAAGUUUUAAGAGAAAUUCACAAUGUGAGCACCAAAGCUAAACUCAGAUUUUGUUAGUUUUCUUCUUUUUUUCAUGUUUUCACCUUUUUGUUGACAAAGCUUUUUACAAUUUUUACAGAUAAACAUCCUCUACAUUUCUGAAGCAAGGUGGUGUCUCUCACAGUGGACAUGCACCUACGUUGACAAUAUCAGACCCCUCCAUGAUUUCUAAGUGAGAGAACUUGCAAAAUAGCAGAGUGUUCAAAUACUUAUUCUCCUCAAUGUAAUUUAACCUGAUUUAAUGCUACAUACAUAAAUUACAACAGCUGCAAAUGGUCAAAGUUGGAACAUUUAACUAUUGUUGAUGUGAAUAGUAUCUAUCUUGAUUGUAGAAGUCGGGUACCAUCCGUUUGCACUGACUUUUUAACUCAUAGUUCCAACUUUCUGGGGUGUUCCAGUUGAAGAAAUGCUUAAUAGCCAUGCAGACCAUUAAAGAAUAUCUCGCUCCAUCAUUCAGUAGAAGAAAAAAACUUAUAGGAUAAAUCAGAAUAAAAAAAAAGAAAACAAUGAUUCUGAAAAUUAAAAAAAGAUUUUUUUUUGUUUUAUUUAUCAAACCCUUUUUAUUAAAGUUCCUUAAACACAACAUGUUUUUUUUCCUGCAUAAAUAAUGGCACAAAACCUUUUACAACGAUUCCCUUUAUUUAUCAGUGAUAUGUUUGAACUAAAGGAUGUGUGCUAUGAGAAUUGAGUUGCCUUUUGUGGUCUAAUGGAGACUCAGGUUCACAUUUACAUGAGAUACAUUUUAGGACAUAAUAUAAAAACUCAGACAGGAGAAAAGUAGAAGACUUAUGGAAACGCAGUGUCACAAUGUUAACAAUAAUAUAUAAUAAAGAAGAAAUAUUCACUGUCAAAUAGACUAAAAAGAACAAUGUUUAAAAACAUUUUUUUUAUUUAAUUUGGAUAGAUUUGGAGAAGGAUUCAAUCCUUCAUCACCUCUAAAACCUGAGAGUGUUAAAUGCUUUUGUGUAAAAGGAACCUCUUCUGUUUGGCCUAGUUUUAUACACGUCUUAGUGACUAGUAGAAAUAGAAAGGUAGGAAGUAUUGCCAGCUAUUUUUAUAUUUUUUUUAUAAGACCUUUUGUAAUUUUCAUUUGUAAACCAACUACCUCUACUGUUUCUGUUAAGUUUUCAAGUUUUUU